UCGGAGGUGGUUGGGGUUGGGUGGGAGGAGAUCCGCUCGCACACACGAGGAGGGUUGAGCUAUCGCCGCCGUCGUCGUGUGUGCGGAGUGGAGACUGGAGCUGCCGCCGCGACGACGCCGGGGAUUGUAUCGCUAGCCCCUGGCCCUUCUGCCUCGCCGCUUCUCGGGGUCAGUGCGGCCUGCUCCUUCCCGGCCGGUCGCCCCCGCCUCCAUUUCCCGCCCUCUCUUCACCACACACACGGCCCCCCCGAUCAUGGAUCCGGGCAGUGGUGGUGGCGGCGGCGGCGGCGGGAGCAGCAGCGGCAGCAGCAGCAGCGACUCGGCGCCCGACUGCUGGGACCAGGCAGACAUGGAAGCCCCUGGGCCGGGGCCGUGCGGCGCCGCCGGCAGCGCCAGCGGCCCCUUGGUGGCGGCUGCGGCCGAGGCCCAGCGUGAACAUCUCAGUGCGGCCUUCAGCCGGCAACUCAACGUCAACGCCAAACCCUUCGUGCCCAACGUCCACGCCGCUGAGUUCGUGCCGUCCUUCCUGCGGGGCCCGGCCCAGCCGCCACCACCCUCAGCUGGCGCCGCCGCCAACAACCACGGAGCCGGCAGCGGCGCGGGAGGCCCUUCGGCACCUGUGGAACCUUCUCAAGAGGAACAGUCGUUGUGUGAAGGUUCAAAUUCAGCUGUUAGCAUGGAACUUUCAGAACCUGUUGUAGAAAAUGGAGAGACAGAAAUGUCCCCAGAAGAAUCAUGGGAGCACAAAGAAGAAAUAAGUGAAGCAGAGUCAGGGGUUGGGUCCUUGGGAGAUGGAAGGCCUCCAGAAGAAAAUGCCCAAGAAAUGAUGGAGGAGGAAGAGGAAAUACCAAAACCUAAAUCUGUGGUUGCACCACCAGGUGCUCCUAAAAAAGAACAUGUAAAUGUGGUAUUCAUUGGGCAUGUAGAUGCUGGCAAGUCAACCAUCGGAGGGCAAAUUAUGUAUUUGACUGGAAUGGUUGACAAAAGGACGCUUGAGAAAUAUGAAAGAGAAGCUAAAGAAAAAAACAGAGAAACUUGGUACUUGUCAUGGGCCUUAGACACAAAUCAGGAAGAACGAGACAAGGGUAAAACAGUAGAAGUGGGUCGUGCCUACUUUGAAACAGAAAAAAAGCAUUUCACAAUUCUAGAUGCCCCUGGCCACAAGAGUUUUGUCCCAAAUAUGAUUGGUGGUGCUUCUCAAGCUGAUUUGGCUGUACUGGUAAUCUCAGCCAGGAAAGGAGAGUUUGAAACUGGAUUUGAAAAAGGAGGACAGACAAGAGAACAUGCAAUGUUGGCAAAGACAGCAGGUGUAAAACACUUAAUUGUGCUCAUUAAUAAGAUGGAUGACCCAACAGUGAAUUGGAGCAACGAGAGAUAUGAAGAAUGUAAAGAGAAACUAGUGCCAUUUUUGAAAAAAGUUGGCUUCAAUCCCAAAAAGGACAUCCACUUUAUGCCCUGCUCAGGACUGACUGGAGCAAAUCUUAAAGAGCAGUCAGAUUUCUGUCCUUGGUACAUUGGAUUACCAUUUAUUCCAUAUCUGGAUAAUUUGCCAAACUUCAAUCGAUCAGUUGAUGGACCAAUCAGGCUGCCAAUUGUGGAUAAGUACAAGGAUAUGGGCACUGUGGUUCUGGGAAAGCUGGAAUCAGGAUCCAUUUGUAAAGGCCAGCAGCUUGUGAUGAUGCCAAACAAGCACAACGUGGAAGUUCUUGGAAUCCUUUCAGAUGAUGUAGAAACUGAUUCUGUAGCCCCAGGUGAAAACCUCAAAAUCAGACUGAAAGGAAUUGAAGAAGAGGAGAUUCUUCCAGGAUUCAUCCUUUGUGAUCCCAAUAAUCUUUGUCAUUCUGGACGCACAUUUGAUGCCCAGAUAGUGAUUAUAGAGCACAAAUCCAUCAUCUGCCCAGGUUAUAAUGCAGUGCUGCAUAUUCAUACCUGCAUUGAGGAAGUCGAAAUAACAGCCUUAAUUUGCUUGGUAGACAAGAAAUCAGGAGAAAAAAGUAAGACUCGACCCCGUUUUGUGAAACAAGAUCAAGUAUGCAUUGCUCGCUUAAGGACAGCAGGAACCAUCUGCCUUGAGACCUUUAAAGAUUUCCCUCAGAUGGGUCGAUUUACCUUAAGAGAUGAGGGUAAGACCAUUGCAAUUGGAAAAGUUCUGAAAUUGGUUCCAGAGAAAGACUAAGCAUUUUCUUGAUGACCCUGCACAAUACUGUGAGGAAAAUUGACUGCAAAAGCCUACUUCACACCGCCUUCUCUUAUUUUCUGCCCAUUGACAAACCUCUCCCCAUAUUUUGCAAAGACAAAAUUCACAGCAAAAGUCCACAUUAUGUCAGCUUUCUCAUAUUGAGAGCUCUGCUAUGCCACUAUUGAAUUUUUCCCAAGAUUUUUUUCUUCCCCUCUCAAACUGCUUCCUUGGACAGACUUGGCAAUAGCUUUGUAAGUGAUGUGGACAUAAUUGCCUACAAUAAUGAAAACCUACAGAAAUUUUUAAUUUUUCAUUUUCCCCUUAGGCAUACUUAGUCUUUUUCCCCCCCAGGCAGAUCAUUCUGAGUGUGCGAGUGUGUGUGCACGUUACAAAGACACAACUACCAUGUUAAUAAAAUGUUCAAUUUGAAACCCUUUUCGGUAUUUGAAUUGCUUUUGAAUAACGUUUUUUAUCUGGAUGUAAUUGUUGCAUUAGCUUUUUAACUUUACCAAGUAAUUGAAUACAUUUUAUUACUUGGACUUUUCUAAACUCCCUAUCCACUACUUUAAAUGAGGCAUUUACAAACAAUAGUCAAGUUUGUAUUAAAGGAGAGAAUUAGUGUGACCCCUUCUUUUGAUGGGAAUGCAUACAUACAAUGAAAUACCUUUCUGUUACUGUGACACUGCUUUAUUAGGUCUUUAUCAGUUAUUUUCUGCCAUUUAUAUUUUGACAAGAUUUCUUAAUUACAGUAAGUUGUUUUAAAAGAACAGCAUACUGUAGUUUUUAUUAAGUAAAGCGUAAUGAAAUUGUACCCCUACAGAAUAUUCCAUUAAUUUGUUAAAUGAGUGAAAUUUACAAUAAAGCAAGCAUGUUGAGACCCGGCAAAAAUGCCUCCUUUAGAAUUUAUAAGAGCUGCAUGCAUCUAGUAUGAAAACUGUUAUCAACUGCAAGUGCCAGUUCUACAAAUUACUCAGUUUACUACUUGUAUCACUGAUUUUAAGGUUGGAUGGUCCUUGCUGGUUCAAGUUAAAUCUCAUCCAGCCCUAAAUGAACUGAGAACCAUCAGAAUCUGCACAGAUUAAAGUUAACAGUGAUAAGUAGAAUCAAGCACAGUAUAAGUUUUUCUCAACUAUUUAAAAUUGACUGUUUUCUUAAAUAUACAGUUGAAAUUUGUUAAACUAUGAUUUGGAUGAAACACAAUGCAGCAUUAUGGUGAUUUUAGGUUGAAGGAUAACUUUGAAAUUUUUAAUGACAGUAAAUGGGAAAUGGAAGAGAUUUCUGGGUUUAUUAGAAGCCUCUCUCUUGAUUUUGAGUGUUGCUAUUUAUCAAAGACUUGGCUUUUUAGAUUGUGAUUUAUCUCUAAAUAAAAUACUUUGUAAUUAUAUAUUUAACGACAUGUCCCUUCCCUGUAAUCUUUCUCCUCAAAAAAGAAAAGCCUAGUCAAACUAUUUCCAGUCACAAAACCUGUAACUUAAUUUAACCCUGUUUUCUUAACUAUAGAAUUUCCAUUCAUUUCAUGAACGAGGCUACAUCUAUAAACAAAGCAAAGUUACUGUCCUGCAGCUUCUUACAACUACUCUCAUGGCUAUUAAAUUGCGUGACAUUUGAAUUUUAUUUUGCUAAUCUCUGGGCUUUUAUUUUUCUGGGAAAUGUGGGAGCUUUAACCAGUACAUAACUGUUUGUACUUCCAAGUUAAUAACAAAAUACUAUCAAUUGCUUGGAUUUUAAUGAAUCUUUAAAAGCUCAAGCACAUUGAAAUUAUUUCCAAAGAUAGAUUUCAAUU